CCAGGCCGCGGCGGCGCCUCCAUCUACGGGAAACAGUUUGAGGACGAGCUGCACCCCGAGCUGAAGUUCACUGGCGCGGGGAUCCUGGCGAUGGCCAACGCGGGGCCGGACACCAACGGGAGCCAGUUCUUUGUGACGCUGGGGCCGGCGCAGUGGCUGGACGGGAAGCACAGCAUCUUCGGGAGGGUGUGCCAGGGCAUGGGCGUGCUGGGCCGCCUGGCCAUG